UCUUUUCUAAAGCCGAAGUUCUUUCAAUUUAUUUCUCUCUUCCUUCUCUCUCUCUAAAAAACCAGGCUGCUCCUCGCUCUUAUCGACUCUCUCUUUCUUCUGCAACCCUAACCCUAAUUCUAAGGCUAAUCUUCUCCAUUGAAUUGCCUCUCUGCGUGUACUCUAAUUUAAUCAAUUGAUUCAGGUGAUAGAGGUUUCGCCAUUCCCAGAUAGCUUGUUCUCUGGUCGCCUCUAAUAAAUCGCCAUUAACGAGGAUUUAUUUAUUCUCUAAAACUUAUUUUUGGUGCUUUCGGAUUUGUGUUUUUGAUAAGCUUCUUACUUUUUCCAUUGAAACCUCGAAGAAGCCAUGAACUCGGUGGUGAAGCAGGAGUUUAUAAAGCCGGACCCCUAUACUAUUGGUGAUUUAAGUCUCAGAGAUGUUCCUGUCAUUGAUCUUAGUAGUAGUGAUAGUGAAACGGAUGAUUUUUCUGGUGAUUCUAGAACCAAGAGAUCAAAACAUUCUGGUGAAUAUAAUGGGGGGCUUGGGGAUGAUGAUCAUGGUGUCUUAUUACCAGCUGGUUUUCUGGAUCCUCUCCCCCCUCUUACUGUUUCUUAUGCUGAGCCUAUAUCUGUUGUGGCUCCUCUGCCCCCUGCUGUUGUGCGAGAGUCCAAUUCUCACCCUCGAACUCAGAGUUGCAAGCAAUUUUGGAAGGCAGGGGACUAUGAGGGGAGCCCUGCUUUGAGCUCGAAUGUUCCUGUUGGUAGCAUGGACCACGUUAGGGUCCACCCCAAGUUUCUACAUUCAAAUGCAACCAGUCAUAAGUGGGCCUUGGGAGCUUUUGCAGAGCUGUUGGACAAUGCUCUGGAUGAGGUUUGCAAUGGAGCAACUUAUGUUAACAUAGACAUGCUUACGAAUAAGAAAGAUGGGUCCAGAAUGUUGUUGAUUGAAGACAAUGGUGGUGGGAUGACUCCAGAUAAACUGCGAGCCUGCAUGUCACUCGGGUAUUCAGCAAAGAGCAAAUUAGCAAAUACUAUUGGACAAUAUGGAAAUGGUUUCAAGACAAGUACCAUGAGGCUUGGAGCAGAUGUUGUAGUGUUCUCUCGUUCUCGUGGAAAAGAUGGAACAAGUUCCACACAGAGCAUUGGCAUGUUGUCCUAUACUUUUUUGCGGAGCACUGGUCAUGAAGAUAUUGUGGUUCCUAUGAUCGAUUAUGAGAAAGGAAUUGGGGGUUGGAGCAUGCUGGUUCGAUCAUCUGCAGAUGACUGGAAAAGAAACAUGGAAACUAUUGUACAGUGGUCUCCAUAUUUAAGUGAAGUAGAUCUUCUGCAUCAGUUUAAUUCUCUGAAAAACCAAGGUACACGCAUAAUCAUAUACAAUAUUUGGGAGGAUGAUCAAGGAGAACUAGAACUGGAUUUCGAUGAAGACCCACAUGAUAUUCAAAUUAGAGGUGUCAACCGAGAUGAUAAGAAGAUACAGAUGGCAAAACAUUUCCCCAACUCCAGGCAUUUCCUUACAUAUCGACAUUCAUUAAGGAGCUAUGCAUCUAUUCUUUAUUUAAGACUUCCACCGAGAUUCCGAAUGAUUUUGCGUGGCAAAGAUGUGGGUCACCACAACUUAUUGGAUGAUAUGAUGUUAACGCAAGAGGUCACUUACAGACCACAGCCAGGCGCGGAUGGUAUUCCAAAGGAUUUUAAUAUGGUUGCUAUAGUCAAAAUUGGCUUUGUGAAGGAUGCAAAAGAUCAUAUUGAUGUUCAAGGAUUCAAUGUUUAUCACAAGAAUCGGCUUAUCAAGCCAUUUUGGAGGGUCUGGAAUGCAGCUGGAAGUGAUGGACGUGGUGUGAUUGGGGUCUUGGAGGCCAAUUUUGUGGAACCUGCUCAUGAUAAACAGGGUUUCGAACGCACAACUGUGCUUUCUAGACUUGAGGCACGUCUUGUUCAGAUGCAGAAGCAUUAUUGGUCAUCCAAUUGCCACUUAGUUGGUUAUGCUCCCAGGCGUAACAAGAAGCUUGUCAAUGGAUCGUCAUCACAUAAAGGGAUGAAUGGAAAUGCACAUGGUCCGUCUUUCUCUUCUGGAAAGAAAAAGCCUGUGAGGCAUAAGAGCAGAAGUUCUGAAUUAUCUUCUGAAUCUUCUGAUUCAGAAGGGCAGCCUGAUGUUUCAGGUUCCAUGGAUAAAGUGGGAACCCAAAGAAGGUCCCCGACAAUAGACCCUAAAACUGGGAAAAUUGCUUCUCAAAGCAUGCAUAAGCAAUCUUCAGAGCCACGAUCAAAGACACCUGCACGACCACAACCUUCAAAGGUAGAGAGAGUUCAUAAGACGCCUGAGAGAAUUGGUGGCACACAUUCUUCCCAUGUAAAGGAAUCCUCUUCUAUAAAAUCAACUCAUAAAGGAAAACCCUCUCCAAGCUUAGAUAAUGGUCAAAUAGUGGAAUUUGAUACUCCAUCUGGAAGAAAUGAUGCGGUUGUUACAGGAGCACAGUCCUCAAAGGCAGAUCAUGCGAAGAGGCAGCUUCACACGGAAGACCCAACAAUUGAUGCUCAUGUAACAGGAUCUGGUGCAUCCAAUGGUGGAGAUUCAAAUGGUUCUGUCUUAGCCGCAUCUGAUGCCAACACUGUAAAGAAACUGAAAGAUGAAGACCAGCAUUUGAAAGAUAGAAUGAAGACAUUAGAGGAAAAAGUGCGGCUUGAGUUGCAAGUUGUGAAGGACCGGAACAAAUGGUUAGAGGAACAACUCGCCAAAUCUGAGAAAAAGCUGGAGGCAGCAAACAAAGAACAAGAAGCUCUUAUUGACAUUUUCUCCGAAGAGAGAAGCAGGAGAGAUAAAGAGGAGGAAAAUUUGAGAAAACAAUUAAAGAAUGCUCAUUCUACAAUAUUGGAGCUGCAAGAAAGGCUACGUCCUAACAUGAAAACAGAACGUUAGGGUUCUGAUAAUCGCAUGCUCGACAAUCAAUGACAAUUUUGGUCUUUCAACUAAUCAAGACAAUUGGAAUUUACAAUUUUGGUCAAAAGCCCUCUGUAUUUUUGCAAACAGUCAAUGACCACCAGGAAAAGCAAUACACAACUGCGGAAGCUCUCUUACCAUUUUCAGUCUUCCAGUGCCAAAUGCACCAAGGAGAAACGUGAAGUAAUAUGUAAAUGUGAGCUUUGCGUUUAGUUUAGGAUCGUAAAGAGGUGUACAGCCCGGUUUGUGUAUGAAUCCAUGCCUUUAUUAUUAUUAUCAUUUGUGGUAUGCACCUGA